AUGAAUACAUUAUAUCAUGAAGAUAUUAUAAUUUUCUUAUCAAUAGAAAGUUUAGAAGAAAUCGUUAGCAUAUUUAAAAAUAUCAGAGGAAUAAAAGGACGUUUUCAUAAAUUUAUAAGUUUUAAGAAUAAUUCAAAUGUAUCUUUUUUUUUUAAUUCUAACGAUUAUUUAUUUUUAAAAAAGGAACAAGGUAAUAUCAUAAUAGACGAAAAGUAUAAACUAUUAACAAACAAAAAUACAGAUGACAAAAAAAAUAAUACAUUUGAAAAUAAAAAUAAAUGUAAAAAACAAAUAAACGUAGAUAUAAAAGGUACAGAGACAUUUGAAAAAGGAGAAGAAAAAAUACUUCAAGAUAUAUCCUUAGAAAAUACACAGAAUAAUAUAAAAAAUAUAAAUAAUUGCAUGUCAGACAUUUCAAAAAACAAAAAUGAUGAAAAAAUUUCGAAUCAUAAAUAUACAAAUGAAGAAUACGAAAUGAUUAUUGAAGAAAUUUAUAAACAUUUAUAUAAAAAUGAAAUAUACACCCCUAUGUCAGAAAAGAAAAAAAUGGUAGUUGAACUUAUCAUAGAAACUAUAAUUUAUGGAAAUAAAAUAAAAUUAAAUAUUUAUAAACUUAAUUUAUUCAUAUCUAUUGUAAUCAUGACCUUAUAUAAAAUUAUGGAAAACUUAAGUGUAAAUGAAAAAAAAAAAAAAAAAAAAACUAUAAAUUAUUUUAUAACUUUAUUAAAGAAAAAUAUACAAUAUAAUACUUCACCUCAACAAAAUAAAAAAAUAAUAGAUACACAAAAUAAUACAAGUUCUGAGGUAAAUAUAAUUGAGAAUAAUGAAAAACAUAUAACUAUUCAAAAUGAAGAAAAGCAUGAUGAUGAUGAUAAUAAUAAUGUAAAGAAUAAUAAUACGAUUAUAAAAAAUGAUAAUAAGGAUAUUAUAAAAAUCAAAAAAAGUACUACAAAAAAUGAUAAAAGAAAACAAAAUAGUAACACAAAUAUAAAUCUUAUAGAUAGGAAGGAAGACAAUAUCUUAAUAAAUAGUAAUAAUCAAGUUGAAAUUAAUCAAGAAAAAGAAACAAAAAAGGACAUCAUAUUUUUUAAUUGUCAAGAAGCAAAAUAUAUAAUAAAAUAUAUGUUUCAAAAUAUUUUCUCUAUAUAUAACAUCUUAGAAUAUAUGUUCUUAUUUCCAUCUUAUCCUGUUCAUUUGGGUUUCUCAAAUUAUGCUUCUUUUGUAACUCCCCCUGAGCCCUUAUCUUUAAAAGAUGAAAUAAAACAAGAUGAACAAAAGAAUGAAGACAAUAAGUUCUGUACUAAUGCUUAUAUUUCCCAAGUGUUACAUGUACCUUUAUAUGUACUUGACAAAUUUUACAAUAACCUUAAUGAUUUACAAGAAAAAAUUGAUAAUGUUUUAACAUUAAUGUAA